AGCUCAUAUAGUGUUGUCAAUACUCACAGAUCAGCUAUAUCGCAAACAUUGCAAAUUCUUAGUAAAGAUGUUUUAAAAGAUCAGUCUUUAGUCAGGCGCUUCAUGAAAGGUUUUUAUGAUAGGAAGCCUCCUAGGCCUAAAUAUUUGGUGACCUGGGAUGUCUCUGUCUUGGUGAGUUAUCUUUCCACCCUACAUCCUUUGGAAAAUCUUUCCCUUAAACUUGUUGUCACUUUGUACUGGUCAGAGAUGUCAAACACUAACUGCAUUUGA